UGCAAUCUUGUGAUUCGCUACGUCAUGUAGUCAACCCGGAAGAGAUUAGGAAGAGAGUCAGUACGUGGCCUUAUCAUCUUGGACCACAGAGCCAGGAGCUUCGCUUCAUUGAAAUGGAACUCGAGGCGAUGACCAGAUACACCAGCCCGGUGAAUCCGGCUGUGUUCCCCCACCUCACAGUGGUCCUGCUGGCUAUCGGCAUGUUCUUCACCGCCUGGUUCUUCGUCUAUGAGGUGACUUCAACCAAAUACACAAGGGACAUCUACAAGGAGUUGCUCAUCUCCCUGGUGGCUUCACUUUUCAUGGGCUUUGGUGUGCUCUUCUUACUACUCUGGGUUGGCAUCUACGUAUAACGGUGGCCGACACAAAAGAUGACACAUUCCAGUGGGACGGAUAACAUUGACACAGGAACUGGAUUUUGAGUUUGAUUGGACUGCACUGACAAUAACAUGGAUUGUUUUCAAAUAAAAGAGGGCUUUGUACAA